ACGCAGCCAGUCCGCAUUGCGUUAUGGCCCAUCACCGCGAUCCUUGUAUUUCGUGCGGCGACAUCGUUAGAUAUGUGCAUGGGGCAACCGAAACUUGCCUUUUUGAAUAUCGAUCUGCAGGUGAAUUCCUAUUGUAUUCGCAUUGACUGCCACAUCAUUGAACUUAUCUCUCAGCUAUCCAUGGUUUGUAUUGCAGCACGCACCUUUGAAUGGACGGUGCAGAUAAAACCCUUUAUUCGCGUGGCUCGCCGAUCGUCAACCGACGCACCAAAGCGAAAUUUUGUGCUCGACGCAAUCAAUUUGGCAUGCAACCUUCGAGGCUGUGGCUGGGACUGGUCGCACGGGCCGUACGUCCCGCCUGAGACACAUCCUACGUCCUCACGAUUGGCCUUUGCUACAUCCGCCUUAGUCUCUGGUCUAAAGCACUUAUUUCUUUGCGGCGCGAUUCACUCUGCCGUGCAAUCUUUCUCUCCAGAUACCUUUGGAUCUGUUGAUGGUGGCACCAUCUUCGACAACUCACUUCCCCCGCACCGCCAUUUGGAAUGAUGGGCACGGGGUGGUGAUCGUGCGUGCUAUUAGACAGGUGGCUGGAUGGGAUGGG